AUCGCUCGGCCUGAAUCCACCAAUUGACGAUGCGGCGCCAGAGACCCGGUUGACAACUCGUCGUCGCAAUGACCGGUGGUCGACAGGCGAGGACAGAAUUACGCCUUCUUUCUCGUUCUUUUGCGCGACUCUUUGGUGGUAGCAAAGAGAGAAAGAGAAAGAGGGGCAGCUUGGUGGAGAGCUUGAAGACGGAAGGUGAGCACAAAAGCGAUGAACGUUUUUUUUUCUCUCGGUGUUGUUCCUAGGCCUCCUGGGCUUGGAUGUGCGCCACCUAUUUGUCUGGCACGACACAGCGGGGUAAGCAGCGCAAUGACUCGCAACCUGUGUCGAGGGAAGAAACCGAUUGGCAAAUUAGCCCGAUGUCAUACACAGGUGACAGAGAGUAUCUUGCUGUGGGAACGAUACCGACGUAUUGAGCCCUUCUUCUCAGCUACUACUUUGCGAGUACGGGGUCCGCAGAUCGUACACUUAUCUGGUCGGCCCUGUCUUUCUCGAGUAACACCGUCACCUGACGAAGGUCCUUUGGAAGUCGGGCCGAACGCAACACCGAAGGCCUCUUUUUGUCUUCGUCACCUUCUAAUUCGUUCUCGUGUCCUCUCGCACUGAAUGGAAGGGAAAGAUGGUGUCUGGCCUGCAUGCAUAAUCAGAGAUUGAAUCAAAACCGAG